CUCCUCCCCGCUGUAUCUCACAUUUCUCUCCCAUCUCUCGUUCGUGCGGUAACCUCACCUGCGUGCGUCCAUGUCCACGGUGGUGCUCCGAUCUGAGGACGCUCUCAAAUCCCGCUUCCACGCCAACGCCUUCGGAUACCGUCCUCAGCCUCCGAUGAACCCUCACCGGCGAAAGCCUCCGCCACCAGCGCGCCCCGCCGCCGCCGCCGCGGCUGCGCCGCCCUCUCCUCCGUCCCACAAACCGAGCCGCGCCGCCCCGGCGCGAAUCGGCCGGAAACCUAGACCCGCCGCCGGAGUCGGCAAGGAGAACGACGGCGGCCCCGCCGACGAGCUCCGCCACCACCGCCGGCGCCUCGUCAUGGAGGAGGUCACGAUCCUCAAGCGCGGCGAGGCGAUGAAACCCUCGGCCCCCGUUCCCCCCGGAUCCAACGUCGGAGACGUUCCGAUCGACCUCAAUCGGAGAAAGCUAGGGUUUCCAGCCGUAGACCCGGUCUUCGCCGGGCCCGGGUACUCCGUCUCCUCCCCCGCGCCGAGCUCCCUCCCCUACCCCGGCCUCUUGCUGAGGCCCCUCGCCGCGAGCGAGGAGGCGACGAGGAGCCUUCUCCGCCUCCUCCGGCUCAAUCAAUUCGCCCCGUGACGGUGCUCGUAGUUUCGAAUCGAUUCGCCGCGAAUUCGAGCCGAAGAAAAUUGGGAUUUUGAUGGCAGUUUGAAGAAGAUACGCCGUGGGCUGCGGAGAUCCGCGGCGGUUUCCGCUAGGGUUUCUCCGAUCACAUCACCUUCCUCUAUUUUUUCAAAAGGAAGGCGUGAUCCGGAGAAGCCCCGAUCUGUUUGUCUUUGUCGGCCACAUCUGAUUCGGUAUGUUGUGGUGUACUCUGCAUCUUGUCCUUUGUUCUUGUUCGGAUGGAAAAUUCUAGCGGAAAUUAGAUUCCAUUGUAGUAUGCGUAUUGGUAACCUAAAUUUAAGGGGAUUAGAUAGAUAUAGUAAUUGUGUGAGUUGUGUCUAAGUAUCAAGGAGAGUGAUGUUCCUAGUAGUUUGGGGUUUAGAUCACAAAUUGUUUUGCUUUAUCUAGUUGUGGAAAAAGUGGUGAUAAUUUUAGAGUGGGUGUGUGUACUUGUCAUGGAAUGAGGUCUAGUAAUUUUAGGUAUUUGAUGUUAGUGUUGGUGUACUAGUCAUGAAUCGAAGUUUAUUAUAUUACAUUGCUCUUUUUAGCGUCCGAGAAUGAGUGUGCAAUUCAAAUUGUCAACUUUUCAGUUAGAUUUAUCAUUGUUCAAUGUGUC